UGCAAGUAGUUUACUUACAACAAUUUUAGCCAUUUGGAGACAAAGUGCAGUGCAAGUUUAAUGCAUACACAAAUUUCAUGAGAAGAGAGACUAAGCUCUGCCCAAAAUUGAAACGUGGGUUGCGGGAGAGCGUUGUUGAGAAAUUCUGCAGACUCACAGAGAAUAAAUUUAAUACAACUUCUGCUCGAUCGUGCUCAAAAGUACUGGAAACGUUUUUGAAAAUUGGUUUAAAUCUUUCGUUUCAAAAUUUAGUGUGCGUGAAAUUAAAGGUCAACAGUUUCUUUAACAGUCUUAAACAUAAUUCAUUUGGGAAAUAAUUGAUUCUCCAUCGUUUGGUGAAUAUUUAAAAAACGUUGUUGUUUGUUUGGGAAAAUCGAGUGGAAUAUUAUUUUUCAUUGGAUAAGCUCUUGUCGACGGUUUCACUAUGUUUGGAUUUGGAAUGUUUCAUGAGCCGUUGAGGCCGUUCAGUCGGACGUAUCGCUGCUUCUCGGUGUCUAUGCUUCCAGGACAGGAACGGCAGGACGUGGACAAUGGAGGAAAAAUCAUCUUGCCUCCGUCAGCUUUGGAGUACUUAACCAGACUGAACGUCGUGUAUCCAAUGUUGUUCAAAUUGACACACGGUCGACUGGAGCGACAAACUCAUUGCGGAGUUUUGGAAUUUGUGGCAGACGAAGGUCGUUGUUACUUGCCGUAUUGGAUGAUGCGCAAUUUAAUGAUUGACGAAGGAGACGUUCUUACUGUAGAAAGUGCUACGCUGCCAGUCGCCAGUUACUCAAAGUUUGAACCUCAGUCGCCUGACUUUCUGGAUAUUACGAAUCCAAAAGCAAUGUUAGAAAAUGCAUUGAGAAGUUUUGCUUGCCUAACAAGUGGAGAUGUGAUUGCUAUUCGAUAUAACAACAAAUUGUACGAGUUGAGGGUCCUGGAAACUCGCCCUGGUCCCGCUGUUUCAAUUAUAGAAUGUGAUAUGGACGUUGAAUUUGCCCCUCCUGUCGGUUAUCAGGAACCGGAGCGACCACAACAAACGAAAAAGGCUGAGCAGGACGAUGUUGAGGAAAUGUUGUUUGAAACUACAGAUUUUGUGGCUUUCAGAGGAGGCGGAAACAGGUUGGAUGGAAAAUCAUCUGGGUCUCCUACAUCAUCAGGUGUAUUUGUGCCUCAUAAACGUGGCGUCCCUGACUUUGAAUUUAAGAUGGGCAGGAUUCAAUUCUUGCGAAAUGUCCGAUUCAACAACAACUCGGCAGAAGCAGACAGGAACAAUAAGACAUUCAAACCCUUCGAAGGCUCAGGAACAACUCUUCGAAGUAAAGACUCGACUUGAGUACAAUUAAAUUUAAGUGUGUAGGUAACUAAAGUCAACAUGUAUAAGUGUACUACCUCACAGUCAAUUAUUAUUGAUUUGUAUAAACAGCUGCUGUCGAAACCGAAACUGAUAAUUACCUGAUGCUCUAAUUAAUAUCCAUAACAUACUUGAUUUCAGUCCAAACAAUUGCGUACAACAUGUUUCUUAUUCGGAAAUGCAUGAAGAUUCUUAUUCUUAAUGUGUGUAUGGUUACUCAAUGUAGUUAUUACAAAGCGUAAUUUUUUGUACCACAGUAGUAAACGAUUUUUAUCUGCGAA